AUGUCCUACGCGUCUUCACAAGAUUCGGAGCGUCAUGCAUCGAGACUCGUGCGCCAAGGUCUCUCUGCAGAUUCGACUCAUCACGCGAUUGCUCCAGACCCCGAUGGAUCAAGCAUACCGCCGCCGCUCGGCUCCGUCGAUGCAGACUCCGAUGAUGAAGACAUGGCCGACUCGGCUCGCGUCGGCGACACGGCGCCGGUAUCGCAGCCGCGUCGCGAACAGACACAUGCGCGCGGCGGUGGCGACGUGGUCUUGAUCAUCGGCCUGCCGGACGUCUUCACGGUCGGCUACGACGCGCUCUCCUUUACGGCCAAGCACUUUGGCGGCAUCCGGGACAUACCCGCCGGGCCGCACCUGUUCUGGGCGGCGCACCCAGGGGGCAUGGCCACGCGGUCCGGCUUCUGGAUCAUGAGCGAGGGCACGAACCGCGUGCACGCCGUCAAGUGGGACAGCGGCAGCGAGCUGCUCGGCGAGGCCCCGCCCGACGAGAUUCCCACCGACGUCGACUCCUUUCACGCAAAGCUGCUGUCGUACCGCGACCCGACGGCACGGAGUGGUGCGGGCGGCGGCGGCAGCGUUGGCGACCUCAACGAAACGCAGGCGGCAGAGAAUGAGCUGAUAUGGGGCCAGAUGACCGACUGCAUCACCGCGGAUCUGCUGUCGCGCGUGACGGGGCAAUCCGGGGGCGCAGCCUGGCACAUCAGCACCAUGGACCACGUACGAGGUGAAACGCUGCAAUCCGGCGAGCGCGAGAUGGAGGACCACAUCUCCCACAUCCAGCACACAGCGCCGCUGCCCGUCCGCGAGCUGCGCUUCGCUCUGGACCAGCACUCCAAGACGUACUCGGCGCAGCGCUUCGGCGCCGACCGCACGCUCGAGGCCACCGACGCGACCUCGUACCUCACGGCCCUCCUCAGCGACGACGCCGCCGCCGUGACCGAGGCCAGCCUCGUCGGCGAGCUGCAGUUUGCCUUGCUCGCCGGCGUGCACCUCGGCAACGAGGCCUGCCUGGCGCAGUGGUGGCACAUGCUGCUGCGGCUCAUCCUCCGGGCGUACGCGCUGCCGCGGAGCCGCCCCGCGCUCGCGGCCGCCUGGCUGCGCGCCGUCACCGCGCAGCUCACCUACGGCAGCGCGUGGCUCGACACGCCGCUGACGGAGCUGUCGGACGCGCGCAGCAGCCGCGAGCUGCGGCUCUCGCUCAUCGUUUACAAGCGGCGGCUGGAGGAGGAGUUCAAGGUUACCGGCACGACGGCGGAGCAGGCGGCCGUGGUCGCGGCGUUUGCGAGGCUCGAGUCGGUGGUGGCGGGGCCGGGGUUCGGAUGGGACAUUCGCGGCGAGUACCUGCGCAAGGGCAAGGUCGUCAUGGAGGACGGCGAGGAGGUCGAGCUCGAGAUGGACGAGCUGCAGGCCGAGGAUGAGCGUGGUGAGUGGGCGCCAGAGGUUGUCGAGCUGGACGAGCAUGGGCGAGAGAAGGGCUUGAUAUCAUGGAAUGAUUGA